CCUUGUCUAGGCAUCCCAUACAUUUUGAUUUCUUUACUAUUUUCAUUCCCAAAAUGAUUAGCACCCACUUAUUUAUGUCCACUGUUCAUCUCCUCCUGAUUUUUUUCUUCUCUUUCUUUGGAACUGCAUCCUAUCUACGAGUUAUUCAACCUGUUUCAUGCACUAAAAACCCUAUUUUCAAAUGCUCUGAAAUGGAGACAAAAGCCCUUCUUAGCUUCAAAGAAGGUCUCACAGAUCCAUCGGGUCGUCUCUCGUCUUGGGUUGGUGAGGAUUGCUGCAACUGGACAGGCGUUGGCUGUGACAAUUCCAGAGGUCAUGUCGUCAAGCUGGACCUCAGAAACUCAUUACCGGUAAUUGAAUUCGGAUAUAGGGUGAUAAAAUUCGGAUAUGGGGUGAUUGAAUUCGAAUAUGGGGUGAUUGAAUUCGAAUAUGAGGAUUACCUUGAUGAAAAAUUAAAAGCUUACGAGAAGUCGUGCUUGGGGGGUAAGAUAAGUCCUUCAUUACUCAAUUUAAAGCAUUUGAGUUACUUGGACCUAAGCCUCAAUAAUUUUAGUGGAAACACUGUUCCAAAGUUUUUGGGUUCCCUUGAGAGUUUGAUGUAUCUUAAUCUCUCUUUCUCAUUCUUUUCGGGAGUUGUUCCUCCCCAACUUGGGAAUCUCUCAAGACUACAAUAUCUGGACCUCACCUCAUAUUCAUCUUCAAACAUCAUCAACUAUUUCAUUUCCUUUCCACCAUGGGGAUUGGAAGUCAAAAGCCUGCAGUGGUUGGUUGGUUUUCCUUCUCUUAGGUACCUUAAUUUGGGAUAUGUAAAUCUUGAGAAAGUACCCGAUUGGCUUCAUUCAGUUAAUAUGCUCCCUUCCUUGGUGGAGUUGCACCUAGUUGAAUGUGGACUCGCUAGUCUUCCUCACUCUGUUUCCUCCAACAACUUGACAUUGCUUUCAGUCCUUGAUCUCUCUCUCAACAAUUUUAACUCCUCCAUACCUCACUGGUUCUCAAAUGUGAGUGGGCUUUCAACAAUAAAUCUUGCAAACAGUUUGCUUAGAGGUGCUAUUCCAGAUGGUAUGGGACAUCUAGCCAACUUGCGCAGCUUGGCAUUAGCUGACAACAUUCUAAUUGGAAAGAUACCGAACUCAUUUUCAAACCUUUGCAACUUGCAAACAUUAGAUCUGUAUUCCACCAACAUAAGUGGGGAGGUAGUUGAGUUUUUGGAUGGCUUGUCUCAAUGUUCCAAUAAUAGCCUUGAAUAUCUAGAUUUGAGCUUUAAUAGGUUUCUUGGGGGGAACUUGCCCUAUUCGUUGGGAGGUCUCAAGAAGUUGAAAACUAUUUACCUCAUUGAAACCUCCGUUGGGGGUUCAAUUCCAGAUUCUAUUGGAAACUUGACGUCAUUGCAAACACUUGACCUCUAUGGAAGCUCUGUUGGGGGUUCAAUUCCAGAUUCUAUUGGAAACUUGAGGUCAUUGCAAACACUUGACCUCUCUGGAAGCUUUGUUGGGGGUUCAAUUCCAGAUUCUAUUGGAAACUUGACGUCAUUGCAAACACUUCACCUCUCUGGAAGCUUUGUUGGGGGUUCUGGAAGCUCUGUUGGGGGUUCAAUUCCAGAUUCUAUUGGAAACUUGAGGUCAUUGCAAACACUUGACCUCUCUGGAAGCUCUGUUGGGGGUUCAAUUCCAGAUUCUAUUGGAAACUUGAGGUCAUUGCAAACACUUGACCUCUCUAGAAGCUCUGUUGGGGGUUCAAUUCCAGAUUCUAUUGGAAACUUGAGGUCAUUGCAAACACUUGAACUCUCUAGAAGCUCUGUUGGGGGUUCAAUUCCAGAUUCUAUUGGAAACUUGAGGUCAUUGCAAACACUUGACCUCUCUGAAAGCUCUGUUGGGGGUUCAAUUCUAGAUUCUAUUGGAAACUUGAGGUCAUUGCAAACACUUGACCUCUCAUAUAAUCAAAUGAACGGAGCCAUUCCAGAAAGCGUCGGGAAACUGUCAAUGCUUGUUACAUUGAGGCUUUCUGGGAAUUCUUGGGAAGGUUCCCUAACUGAAGCUCAUUUUCAGAAUCUCACCAGAUUAAAAUCUCUUGACUUGAGUGCAGAGCUUUCUGCAAACUAUACAUUGGAUUUUGAUGUCAAACAUGACUGGGUUCCUCUUUUUAAGCUAAGAGAAAUUUAUUUAAGUGACAUGAAGAUCGGCCCAAAGUUUCCAGCAUGGCUACAAACACAAAAUAAACUCAUCACGAUUCUGCUCGACAAUGUUGGCAUUUCGGACACCAUUCCGCAUGGCCUUUGGAAGUCCUGCCCAAACGUCACUUCUUGGAGUCUAUCCGGUAAUAAGCUGCGCGGGCAGGUACCAUACUUUCAAUUUCACCCUUCGGCAGAUAGUUUUGAUUUGAGUUCCAACAACUUAGAGGGUCCACUUCCUCUUUUUCGUAGUAAUCUAUCUGAAAUAUCUCUUCAAAACAAUAUGUUUUCUGGACCUAUUCCUGAAAACAUAAGUGAACUAUUGCCCAAGUUAUCUUGGUUGGACCUUUCUUCAAAUUCAAUUACUGGUAGAAUUCCCCACUCUAUUGGAAUGCUUAAGGGAUUGAUAGGUCUUGUUUUGAGAAAUAAUUCCCUAUCCAUGAAACUCCCCCCUCAUUGGAAGGAUUUACGGAAGUUAGUGGUGUUGAACUUGGCAGAGAACAAUAUGUCUGGCAGUGUUCCAAGUUCAAUGCAAUAUUUGAAAUCACUACGGGAAAUAUCAUUGAGCCAAAAUCAUCUUGAAGGAGAGCUUCCUUUUUUCUUUAGAAACUAUAAAUACUUGCUAGUGCUUGAUCUUGGAGGAAACAAGUUCUCUGGAAAACUUCCGGCAUGGAUAGGAGAAAGUUUGUCAUCUUUAUUGAGGUUAAGCCUACGGUCCAACUUGUUUCAUGGGAACAUACCACCUCAAUUAUGUCUACUUUUAAGUCUUCAGAUCCUAGACCUUGCACAUAAUGAUUUUUCAGGAGCAAUCCCUCAAUGUUUAGGAAACUUCAGUGAUGAUCAAUAUAGUCGUUUUUAUAACUAUAGUGAUCAGCAAAUGCUGCUAGUUUCUAAAGGAAGAGAAUAUCUAUAUGGUGGGUCUAGUAUUCGUCAUUUCCUUUCCAUAGACUUGUCGAAUAAUAACUUAUCUGGAGAAAUACCUGAUAAUGUAACAAGCAGCUCAAAAUUGGUCAACUUAAAUUUAUCAAUGAACCAUAUGUUUGGAAGAAUUCCUGAAAAUAUUGGGAAUUUACACAUGUUAGAAACACUUGAUCUGUCAAUGAAUGAACUUUCUGGUCCUAUCCCUGAAAGCUUGUCUUCUUUGACCUUCUUAAGUCACUUGAAUUUGUCAUUCAACAACUUGUCUGGGAAAAUUCCAAAUGGAUAUCAACUCCAAACACUGAAUGACUCUUCUAUCUACGAAGGUAACUCUUUACUCUGUGGGCCUCCUCUUUCGACCAAAUGUUCAGAAGAUGAAACUAAACCUAGAGUAGCCAAGGAAAAUGGAAGGGGAAUUGAGUCAAUCUCGUUCUACAUUAGCAUGGUAGCGGGGUUUAUUGUCGGUUUUUGGGGAGUUUGUGGCACAUUGAUAAUCAGAACAUCAUGGAGACAUGCUUACUUUCGAAGCUUUGAUAAUUUGAAAGACAAGAUUGCUGUGUUCGUCAUGGUCAAAAUUGUUCGCUUGCUCAGGAAGGUCAAAUAGGAGUUGAGGGUAUGGGCAUUGAAGCUUUCCAGAAUAUAAAACAUUUCUGCAUUGUAAGUUUAAUUUUCAUGUUGCUGUAAUAAUAAAUGCUCCAAUAUUUACUUGUUAAA